AAUAGGUGAGGCUGUAAGGGCACAGGUAUUACAGCUGCCCUCCAGCACCAUGCAGACCUACCCGCAGCACACCAGCAUUGACAUGCCUCCCUAUGGGCAGAACGUUAUCACCACUGUUCCCGUCUCGCCGCAGCCGCCCCCCAAGGAUUUUAUACUCUGGUCCCUCUUCAACUUUGUGCUGUGUAACGCCUUCUGCCUCGGCUUCUGUGCUCUCUCAUACUCCAUCAAGUCCAGGGAUAGGAUAAUUGCCAAGGACUUUAUGGGUGCCAGCAGCUAUGGGAGUACAGCCAGGAUCCUUAACAUCGUUGCGCUCUGUGUGGGACUUGUCGUGACCAUCAUCUCCAUCGUCCUGGUGUUUCUCUACCUUCCACUCUACUUGGUGCAGCCCUGAUCUGGUCUGAUGAAGAGGAGAAGCGCUGUGGGUCCCACUCUCCCCCUCCCAUCUAUCCCUGAUUCCAUCAGUGCACUGGUACCACCCCUGCUGAGGUGACUCUUCUUGGGAUGAGCCCUUGGGGUGAACUAAAGACAAAUAAAGCUUCUUCCUUGUUCUGUU